CUAGAAUCAGGCUUUUUAUUAAUUAUUUGAAUCGCGCCUUCCGCGUUUUUAUAAGCGCUAACCUCACGUACGAACCGACCGGAGCGCUUAUCAGCACAACAUGACUGAAGCGCAGUUCUUUAAUUGUGUACGAGCUGCGCGCGAAUCACCCUAUACUCCGUGCGCGUUCACCAGCGCGUUCGAGAAGUGAGAGAAGAUUUGCGCGGCAGCGCGAGCCAUUCCUAUAGUGAAGCUGAUGGUAAAAUAUGCGAUCUAUUUGAAUUCUAUUGAGAAACUGCCACUUUAAAAUGCUAUGGAGAAAGUCAAACAUUAUCUAAAAGAAGGCACAAACUAAAAAGACUGAUGAAAAGAGGAGAAAACAUAAUCUUGCACCAGCACUAAGAUAAUAUUAAAAUAUUUUUAAACUACUCAUGACCACCUUUACUAUAAUUUAUCACGUUUUACUGUAGGCUUAUUUAUUGUGGUAAAUUUUGUCUAACUUGUAGAAUUUAUAAUAGAUAAUCUGUUAAGGGAAUAGAUAGAUUUAUAUUACAACUGUAGCAUGUUGCAGCUAUUGUUUCUAAAGGCUGUUGUUUCUCAUAACAAAUGCAAUAUAUAUUAAUAAAAAAGUAAUUAUUGGCCUGCUAAUGAUUAAUAGGCUAGACUUAUAACAAAUGCUACAGCUAAGUACUAUGGUACUUUUUCAUAAGAGCAAGUACAAGUCAGAAUCGAGAGCCAAUGGGUUCUAAUGAUGAGUGAUGAAAAAACCUGGCCUUCAGAUAUUCCAAUGAUGGCAUAGAUUAAAUCAUUAAGAGCCUGAUGAACUGUUAAAGAGUAAGAAAUAAACAAUAUCAGUAUAAGAAAAUGUUAAGUUAGAUUGACUUCCCAUGGCGUGCUGAAUUAGAACAUUCUGUCAAACUAUAGCCUAAGUGUCUAAAUGUAAAAGUGCCUAAAUAAAUAAUAUAAAAUACAUUAUAUAGGCCUAUCCUAUGUAAACAAGUAAUUGUUAACUAGCUUAUUACUUUAUAGCAGUUACGCAAUCAACCAACUUUGCAUGUGUGGUGGAUAGCAAAAAAAAGACCAUUAAAGCAAACAAACAAAUAAAUAAACCUUAAGAGGGAGCAUGAUCCGGGGUCCACUUCAAUUUUACUAUGUGUUGAUUUGCUGGCCGUAAAUGCAGGGAAUCCAUGAUAAAUCCUAAACAGUUCUAACUAAAUGCAUUGGGUGGCGCUGUGGAGCGUGUUAACAAGUUGAUAGUAUUUGAUCACAGAAAGUCGUCAUCUGCCUUGCGAAAUUUGGAUUUACUUUAAUCAAAAUUAUCUUACAAAAUAAUCUGACAAAAUGUAAUUACUUCUGAUCAAAUGAAUUAGUGAAACUGAUUUAUCAUAAUAUCAUCACCACAAUGAGAAAUUACAUGAAAUCCAAGCAUCAGUCAGCUCAGGAAAGACAGCUGUCCAUCACUGCAUUCACGACUGCAGGGUCUGCAACCAUCAAUGUUUAGAGUCAACUACACAGAGGUGGUGGAUCAGAUGUUUUCUCUCUUCCCUGAUGAAGAGCAUUACUCAGACACCGGUCCAGAUCGCUGCAGAACCUGUGCUGUGGUGGGAAACUCUGCAAACCUUCUGGGAUCCCAUUAUGGGCCUCUAAUAGAUUUCCAUGAUGUUGUGAUCAGGAUAAAUAAAGGCCCAACAAAAGGUUACGAGAAGGAUGUGGGGUCGAAGACGACUCACCGGAUUCUGUAUCCCGAAAGCGCCAUGGACUUGGACAACUCCACCCAUUUGGUGCUUUUUCCCUUUAAGAUUCGUGACAUGCAGUGGCUCAUAAGUACCUUCACCACUAGACACAUCACACGCACAUACACAGGAGUCAAAUCUUCAAUCAAAGCAGACGAGAACAAAGUGAUGGUCCUCCACCCUGCUUUCAUAAAAUACGUCUAUGAGAAAUGGCUUCUGAAACAUGGCAGAUAUCCCUCUACUGGCUUCAUUACAAUAAUAUUUGCUUUGCAUAUCUGUGAUCAGGUGAAUGUCUUUGGGUUUGGGGCUUCAAGUACUGGAACCUGGCAUCAUUACUUUGACAGAACUCGCACUCACUUUAAAGGCGGCCCUCAUGGUGGAGACUUUGAAAACAAAACAAUGCAUCAACUUCAGCAGAGAAACAAGAUUUCAAUAUAUAAAGGGUAUAGAUAAAAAAGACCAGGAACGGACAUGUUCGGUUUAAUGUGUUUUUGUUUUGUUUUGUUUUGUUUUUUGUAGCCACAACCCAUUAACUUAUGGAAAGUGAUAAUAGCCUAUAUGUUUUGGGCAGCAAUGAAGUCAUUUUGUUAAGGUCUCAACAUCUUUAUGUUGUGGCCACAUGACCGAAUGUUGACAAAACUACAUCACUUUCUUGUGGCUAAGAGUUUAAUGCGUUAAAGGGUUAGUUCACCCCAAAAUGAAAAUUCUGUCAUUAAUUACUCACCCUCA